AUGACUGCAAUUAUCACCUCGUUGUCUUUUCCAUUUCCUAUCCCUGAAUAUACAGGCACAAAUAUAGGCUGGUUGGCAGGUUGGCAGGUUGACAACAUAGACAUAGACAGACAAGACUCUCGGUCGGCUUUGUCCGGAUCUGACAGUAGGGUCGGAAACACAGAGAAAAAGGACCCACAACCAUCUCAACAAAGAACGAUCCGGUAG